AUGGAGGAUCGUUCUGAAAGUCGACUUUCCUCAUUCGCCGCGUACAUCACCGAGCUGUCAGCCAAGAGUGAGACAUUUCAGAGCCUGAUUCUUGGCAACACGGAUCGAGAUGCCAGAUUCAACAAGCGAAAUCAUCCGAUUGCGGACCUGAGCCAUAUCCUCACUGUACUCGAUGUGCCAGGGCCAUACGAUCUCAACUUCGAUGAGGGGUUGAUCUCAUCAGGAGCCCAAUUCAUCGUGCAGAACAGUCUGAUCAGUUCUGACGAGGAGCCGGGUACUCUGUAUCGUGUGGCCGCCAAGACUCCAAAGUUCAUGCUUGACUGUCAAGAGCGUCUGAAUCUAUCCGCAGACUCUGUUCGACGGCAGGUACAUGACCUUGUUAUCGAAAUAGCAGCAAUGCACCAUCCCCGCCUCCGACAGCACCCCAACAUCGUUGACAUGAUUGGCUGGGGUUACACGACAAGCUGGCACGCAGCUCCGUUCCUUGCUCUCGAGCUUGCCCAGAGCGAUCUUGGAGGAUUGGUCAAGGAGGCGGGCGAGUCAAUGUCAUUCGACGAUCAACGGCGUAUUAUUCUUGACAUUGCGUCAGGCCUAUCGGCAAUCCAUGAAAUCGGCAUCGUUCAUGGCGACGUGAAGCCUGAAAAUGUACUGGUGUUUCAAGAAGGAGGGAGAUGGUCUGCAAAACUCACGGAUUUUGGAGGCGGCGCCGUCUUGCCUGGCAAGGACGUUCGCGGCAGGGGGACAGUUGGCUGGCGAGCACCUGAGCUCCAAAGGUAUCACGAGUAUGACGAAGCCCUCAACCCUGAGCUGUUGUGGAGUAUAGAUAUAUACUCCUUUGGCUUGAUCUGUGGCUACAUCCUUUGCCGGUCGGCGGGGCCAUCCAGAGGCGGUGAAGGAGAAAGAGUCCUGGAAUCUGCACUGAUCCAUCUUGAGGGUCAGCAAGGCAUCCCAGACAUGUGGAGAGGCAUCUAUCAGGGAUUACUCGGAGCAUGCUUGAGCCAGCAACCUCAGGAUCGACCAAUGGACAUCUUGACGCCACUCAGAGACGCGGAAACGCAAAUGGCGGAUAUGGAUAGUGCCUCUCAGGCGGGCCUGACUAUCCAACAUGCUACCUGCGACCAAGAACCGCAACAUCAGCCUGUUCAUAUCCGCUCUUUUCAGUAUAGCCGCCGAAACUGGGAAAUACCUGAGUCAAGGGGUGAACUCGCCCGGGACUUCUUGUCCAUGUAUCUCAACAACGAAAGCCAUGUGUCUCCAGCACAGGCGUUUGGGGUCUUCAUGAACCGACAAUACUUCAUCCUCAAGAGGUUUAGGGACACAAGCACAAGGGAUAUCUACAUCCGGCUGCUUCGUACCGCUGCGCUGGGAGGAAUUAUGCAAGCCCGAUCCCUAAUCUUCCGCUACAAUGAAUACUUCGAACUGGUACCAGAUGAUCACGUCGAAGCUCACAGAGAGGAAUGGACGCUCGCGUCAAUCGCCACAGGGGACCUAGCGUUUUCUGAACGAACACGGUCGGUCAACCAGCGUGGUUUCGACGACGCCAUGGCCAAAUUCCAUGCCAACGGAGGUUAUAAUAGGCACUAUGUGCACUCGAAACCUGCACUAAGAAGCUGUAUCAACCUCGAUACCCGAGCUCUCCAACCUGGAAUUUCAACAACCGAGCCCCUGAAUGAGGACGGUGACUAUCUCUCACACGUCCUGGCUUCGUUUUGUCUUCCUGAGACGUUAGAAAUACUCAAGACCAUCGUGACACCAACCACCGUUAACCUUGUCAACGCUUUUGGCGAGUCACUCCUAUACCGAGCAUGUUCGUGCGGCGCCACGGAGACAGUCGCUUUCCUAUUGGACCUUGGCGCCGAUCCCACUCUUCGUCUCGGAGGAGACGGGCCAUCCUGUCUGCACUGGUUAUUCGUGUUCCAUCCAGAGGAUAUUGACCAAGUGGCGGAUGGACUGAUCGGAAAAGGCGCCUCGAUUGAUGUCAAGACCAACCACAACCACAAGAUGCUCUACUACCCCUACAGAUUUCCGGCGGGAAGUCCACUGCAUUGGGCAGUCGAGUUUUCUUGUUCGAAACCCACGAGAGCUCUUUUGAGACACGGCGCCGAUCCAUGGCUGCCGAACGGUAUCAGGCAGUACAUCUUUUCUGGCGUGCCGCCGCCGGUUCAACCCAACUCAAUCGAUGAUUGCCUCAUUGAACCUCCUAUCCUUGGUCCAAAAGACGGCAGUAGUGCCUUGGACCUGGCUGUUCAAAACUGGGAUGCUGGCAUUGUGUGCCUUUUGCUCGAAUAUGCUUCCCCAGACACACGUGCAAGCUCCAGCGGAAUUGGUGUCCUGCACCAUCUACUUGCCGGUGAUUUUCGAUGGAUCAGCAAGAUCUCGCAGAUAUAUUGCCCUGUAAUGCGUGGGUGCCUGGUCACUCGUUCUUCAAAGCUGGAAACUACCAUUGAAGCGCUACUGGCCUUUGGUUUUGAAAUCAACUCCUUGUGCCUCGUCUGGGAUUAUCUAUGGGGGCCAGAAACCACUUGCACUGCCCUCAUGCUCGCCGUGUACAUGGCCAACAUGCAAGUUGCCGAGGCCCUUCUCCGAGCCGGCGCCGAUGUGAACAUUACCGGAAGCGGUGGACAGACGGCGAUAAUGGACCUCGGAGAAUGCUACUCAGAGGUGGAACUCGAGACUGAGGACUACGAAUUCUGCAAAGCCUUCCAACGACAAGUGAUGCUUCUUCUGCUGGCUCAUGGAGCGCGGAUAGAUGGUCGUUCGAACAAUGGUAGGUCGCCCAUUCUCGCAUUGGCCGUGGGACAUCAUAUUGGUGCUGUUGAGAUUCUACUGGAAAAUGGUGCCAUGAUCAAUGAUGUGCCCGUAAAAUGUGGCACAAGGCAAAAUGACCGAGAGUUCCCAGUCUUGUACGAUCUAGCCCACCCGACGUGGGCGAUUGCGAGAGACAUUGACCUAGCAGAUAUGAUGCGAACGUACGCUCUUCCAGACCUGAAACAAGCAGUCCAAACAAAGCCCGACCCAGCUGGCAUGACUAUCCUUCACAGCUUUGUCGUACGGGGUUUCAUAGAAAGCACAGGAGUCCUCCUUGAGACUGGCAUUGAUGUCAAUGCAGUAUAUGAAGAAGUCAUCAAUGGGAAAGUCAUUCCAAUUACACCCUUGGAUCUGUUAUACCAGCGCUGGCCCAACCUAAUUCAUGUUGCUACGAGGAGGCUUCCAAAGUCAGGUUCGUAUGCGAGUCGCUCCUUCCAAGUAUCCGUACAUGAAGAGGCAAACUGA